CAUGUGGAUAUCAAUCGUGCAUGUCAAUCCACUCACAAUUGAGGAUUUUGGCUCGCCCUUUCUUGAUCGUCUUAUCCUCCUACAAGCGGUGUAGAGGCGGGCGCUUCGCAUCCCAACACACGCCCUCACGACUGUGACCCCUUACCACGACCAGCGAACUCUUCCAAAGUGACGGUGUGACUGCUCUUUCAUCCCGACAUCUCAAUAGGCCCUAUCAUUGACCACGCGAUUCAAGUGUCACCUUUGUCGGACAUAAAAGCAUCCUAAACUGCUAAGCUGCAAUCGUGCAGUGGUAGAGGGCGCCUUCUGAAGGAACAGUCAGAUCAGAGGGCACUUGCUUUCGCAGGGGCAAACAAAAUCUCCGAAGCAGCUGCUCUGCUCACUGAGCCUGGGUCACGAUGGUGAAUCAACAACCCCUGGGACACACUCCGCUCUUUGAGCUGCCUGGCGAUCCUCUCGCGCAGGCCUCGAUCAAUGUGCCUCCACCUCAGCAACAGCGAGCGGCCUUUACCAACAGCGGCCCCAACAAUGCGGUGGCAUCUUACAAUCAGGCACCUCGAAAGAGCGCACCUGCUCCCAUCGCCACGAACCGGGUUGCAUCGCCCAGCAGCAUGUUCAGUCCGACCAGUCCUACCUCGCCCAGCGCACGAGCUGGCGCAAGUGGUAGCGUGGCGCCUGUAGGCUCAAUCGCAGCUAGACGUAGACGAGAGGAAGAUGUGAAGCGACCCACCAGCCCCCACAUCACCCAGCCUUCCAUUCGGCACAGCAUCUCAGGCAGGAGGCCAGAAAUUGGCUCUCCAGCUCCCCACAGGCAGUCCUCGCUGGGCAAAAGUGAAGGAUAUGGCGUAGUGUUCGAGAUUGAUGAGGAUGACGAGGCGGACAAAGGUCAUCGGCAUGUUGGCGCUCGUUCUGCCAGCCCAGCACCUCAUCGCACAGACUCCCCUCGGCGCCGGGGUAGCGUGAUGGAUGAGGAUGGUAGGAGGACUCCCGCAGCAUACAGGCCUCCCACUCGUACCGCCUCGCGAAUGGGUCCUGACGCGCCGUAUCAUGCUCAUCCGCUGGCGAGAUCGCACGCCGCAAGCGAUAGCGUGUCUUCCACCAACUCUACCAAGACGAAUCUCAAUACGCCUCCUCAACCGCCUCCAGGUGCAUCUGGAUCUUCGCCGAUGCAAAGACCCCAAGCGCGCAGAGGCGCGAUGCGAUUGUCUCGCCGAAGGCCCAGAUUGCGGAGAAAGCCCAAGCCGCCCAGCUUGUCAGCGCGGAUAGCGUGCUUCACGAAGGCCACAGUCUGGGCCUUGAGCCAUCCUGGGGAUGCGUGUCAAGCGGGUCACGAGGACCUUCGAGCUCGAUUGAAAGCAGUUGAUGCCGCGUUUAGGGACAAGCAGGGAAGAAGGACGCUACGACCGGAGUGGAUAGGCGCUUACGUUCCGCUCUUGAUCUGGCUUGUGGUGAGCCUGACUUCCACAUUUACUGUCUUGAUUUGGCAUACAAAGGUAUUCAGAGCAUUGGAUCAUUUGGCUAGAACCCUGCAAGGGCUGGGUCUCUCUGGAAGAUUGAUACUCGGCGGGCUAAUCUUUCUCACUACCUUCCCGCCCCUACCGCUGUAUUCGACUUUAAUUGUCAUCAGCGGCUUCUCGUUUGGUCUCGUUCAAGGAUUCGUCAUCUCGUACAUCGCUGCGUUGGCAGGAGCUAUCACUGUAUUCUUGCUAUCGCGCACCUUCUUGAAGACUUGGAUGGUGGGGCUCCUCAACAAGAGUGGUGGGCUUCGAAAAGUUGUGCGAGCGAUAGAGAAGCAACCGAAGCUGCUCUUCCUCGUCAGACUGGCGCCUUAUCCGUACAAUUUGAUGAAUACGCUUCUCGCCUCCUCUCCGACCUUGACGCUCAAGACUUACACGCUUUGCACGGCUGUGGCGCUGCCAAAGCUGCUAGUCCAUACUGGUCUGGGCACAACCAUCAAGAACUUCGCCGCGUACAAUGGCGCAGGAACGGCAGCCCCCGUCAAUGCAACAGCUAUCGCUCAUGUUGCCGGCUUCGUUGGUGUUGGAUUGUGUAUUGGAAUCUUCUUCUACCUAUUCAGCGUCGCUUCUGCCGCCGUAGACGAGCUGGACGACGAGGCGGAGGGCGCA